CUUGUGCUCAAUUUGUUUAUUCAUCGCAGACCUCCAAUUUCGUCACCAGCUAAAUGAGCUGCAUGGAAGAAGGAAUGGAAUGCAGCAAGACGUUGAAAACGCACUGUUGCGGAGAGCUGAUUUGUUAUCUGACGGGUGCCUUCAGAGGAACAUGCAAAAGGUGCCUACCAGUUGGCGCAUUUUGCCUGAAUUCAUCCGAGUGCUGCAGCCGAAAAUGCAUCUUGAAAUGCAAGUAGAGGAACUCCAAUAUACUGCAUGCAAAAAGUUACCACUGAACCAACAAAGCUGUACUCAAAAUUCUUAUUAAAAGUAUGCAAAAA